AUGACCUACCGAAACACUCUGGAUUUGCUCCUUAAAUCACAUUACUUUGUCCCCAACUACAGGUGUGGCAUCCAGAAAAAUGUAGUAGGAGUCAUUGGGGGACUUAAUUCUGACACCUCCUCAUCCAUGGCAGAUGUCUUAGGUCUUUACAAGAUUCCACAGAUUUCGUAUGGUUCAUUUGAACCAGCCACAAAUGAUCAAAUCAAACUUGCUUCCUUCUACCACAUGGUCCCCAAUGAAGAUCUUCAGUACAAAGGAAUUAUCCAGUUACUUCUGCAUUUCGGAUGGAAAUGGGUCGGGCUCAUGACUCCAAAUAAUGAAGCUGGAGAACAUUUCUUGAAGAUCAUUGAACCAAUGCUUUUCCAGAAUGGAAUCUGUUCAGAAUUCACUGAAAAAAUAGAAUACCAUCUGCAUUUCACGGGUAACAUACUUCAUAUGGUGGGUGACACUAGGCUUUUGACCCCAGCUUUCAUGUCAAGCAAAGCUAAUGCAGUUGUUAUAUAUGGAGAAAGUACAUCUAUUUUAUGGCUAUCAAGUACUAUAGAGCUCCACUCAUUGCUGCAGAGAAUCUCAUUCAACAAUAGUGCUGGGGAUGAAAUCACAUUAAAUGAACAUGGAGAAUUAGCAGCUGGCUUUGAUAUUACAAACCUGGUCACUUUCCCAAACAAUUCAUAUGUCAGGGUCAAAGUUGGAAGGCUGGAUCCGCAGGCUCCUCCUGGCAAAGAACUCAUCAUUAAUGGGAACAGAAUCCAAUGGCACAGAGUCUUCACUCAGGUGCCACCCCUUUCCUUAUGUAAUGCCAACUGUCUUCCUGGUUAUGAGAAGAAAAAGAAGGAGGGGAAGAAGUUUUGUUGUUAUGAUUGUGAUCCAUGUCCUCGUGGGAUGUUCUCAGAUGAAAAGGGGUUGGAAACCUGUACCAGAUGUCCUCUGGAUCAAUAUCCAAAUGAAGAGCAGAAUGAGUGCAUUCCCAAGAAACCAAACGUGCUAGGCUUUGGUGAAGCUUUGGCCAUGAUUUCAACUUUCUCUGCACUUUUAUUCUCUCUGAUCACAGCUAUGGUACUUGGCAUUUUCAUUAAGCACAGGGAUACUGCUAUCGUCAAAGCCAAUAACAGAAGCCUCACUUACAUUCUCCUCAUCUCCCUCCUCUUGUGUUUCCUUUGCUCCUUGAUGUUCAUUGGAAUGCCUAAUAAGGCAACCUGCCCACUCCGACAAACGGCUUUUGGCAUUGUCUUCUCUGUGGCCCUCUCUAGCAUCUUGGCCAAGACUAUUUCAGUGGUUUUGGCAUUCAUGGCUACAAAGCCAGAUUCCACAAUCAGGAAGUGGGUAGGCAGAAAACUGGCUUAUUCCAUUGUCCUUUCCGGCUCCAUUGUUCAAGUAGGACUCUGUGUCUUCUGGCUGGCAACCUCAGCCCCAUUCCCAGAUGUGGACAUGCACUCAAUGACUGAAGAAAUUAUAUUCUUAUGUAAUGAAGGGUCAGUUCUCAUGUUCUAUUGCGUUUUAGGCUACAUGGGCUUUCUGGCCAUUAUCAGCUUAACUGUGGCCUUCUUAGCCAGGAAGUUGCCAGACAGCUUCAAUGAAGCCAAGUACAUCACCUUCAGCAUGCUGGUCUUCUGCAGUGUUUGGUUCUCCUUUCUUCCUACAUAUUUGAGCACCAGAGGAAAAUACAUGGUGGCUGUGGAGAUCUUCUCCAUCUUGGCUUCCAGUGCUGGGCUGCUGGGUUGCAUCUUUUCCCCUAAAUGCUACAUUAUUGUGGUGAGGCCUGAGCUGAAUAACAGAGAGCAGCUGAUACGGAGAAAGAUGUAA